AAGCUUACAAUACACCAGUUGAACGACACACUUCAAACUAAUAACAAUACUUAAAAUUUUAGUUACGGCAGUAUUCUCAGCGUAUUAUUGAAUAUCUUUUAGUGAGUGAUUUGUUUUAGUGUUUUAUUUUGUGAAUUACAUAAACAUGUCAGUUAUCACAACGAAACAGUGUGCCUGCAAAUGGGUUUUGCGACACCAACACAAGCUCAAGCAAGUAGCAAGGGCCUGCAGUUUGAAAGUGAAAGAAGCGUUUGGUUUUGAAGAAUUUAGAACCUAUGAACAGUACGACUCCGAGUACAGCUUUAGGUACCAAGAUCUAACCACCAAACUGGCUGAUCCUACACAAUUGCGCACUAAACCGGAAGUAUCAGAGUUAAAAUUUGGUCAGAUUUUCACCGAUCACAUGUUGAAAGUUUUCUACCACAAACAACUUGGAGGAUGGCAAAAACCAGUGAUAAUACCGUUUGAAAAUAUAAGUCUGCAUCCGGCGGCAAAAGUGCUCCAUUACGCUGUGGAGCUUUUUGAAGGUUUGAAAUCUUAUAGAGGUGUAGAUGGAAAGGUUCGAAUUUUUCGGCCAGACCUGAAUAUGCAAAGGAUGAAUUUGUCGGCACAAAGGGCCGGACUGCCUACUUUUGAUGGGGUAGAAAUGAUUAAGUGUAUUAAUAGAUUAAUCCAAGUAGAUCAGGAAUGGGUGCCGCAUAGUGAAGGGUCUAGUUUGUAUAUCAGGCCAACGUUAAUUGGAAUAGAUGGCACUUUGGGAGUGGCUCAGUCAGAAUCGGCCCUUCUUUUCACAAUUCUUUGUCCCGUUGGCAACUACUUUGCCAGUGGAUCGGACUCGGUAUCUCUUCUGGCCGAUCCUUCAUAUACGAGGGCGUGGCCGGGUGGUUGUGGAGAUCGAAAAAUGGGUUCAAAUUAUGGGCCUACCAUUCGAGUUCAAACCACUGCUAGCAGUAAAGGGCGUCAACAAGUUUUAUGGUUGUAUGGACCAGACCAUCAAGUCACAGAAGUGGGGACCAUGAACAUUUUCGUAUUUUAUAUAGACGAAAAUGGGGAUAAAGUCCUAGCAACACCCCCUUUGAACGGUUUGAUUUUACCCGGGGUCACGAGGAACUCUAUCCUUCAAAUGACGACGGAAUGGAAGGAGUUCAGAAUUGAAGAAAGAAUGUUCACAAUGGCAGAUAUUAUAAAACUGCUGCGAACUGAGAGACUUCUAGAAAUGUUUGGGUCGGGAACAGCCUGUAUAGUUAGUCCCAUUAGUUCGAUAGAAUAUCUGGGCGACCUUCUGCAUAUUCCUACCAUAGAACAUACUAACCCUUUGUAUAAGCGAAUACGAGAUGAGCUAUUUGCAAUACAAUAUGGACACAUCGAACACCCUUGGGCACAAGUUAUAGAAUAACGUAACUUUAACGUUAUUUUUUGGUGAAAAAUAUCAAAAUGACUGUGUUAUUUCAUUCAUAGUUCCCACUUUGUGUCAUGCUGUUAUUGCCAUUCCUCAGACUUGCAUAUAUGUAAGGUUAGGUAUUUUAUUUUAUACUUAUUUAAUUAACACUAUACACUUUUGAUGUGACUUGACACAUUAUAGUGAAACUAUUUAAGCAGAAUGUGACAAUACUGUACAUAUAGGUAAUUGCGCAAAAUUUACCGUAAAUUAUAAGACGAUGUUAUAUCAUUUCAAGCAGGGUUUUAGUGUUAUUUCGCUAAAAUUAAAUGCGACAUUGAUGUGCACCUUUUUCAGCAAAACAGUACGAUGUGUGUUAUGGAUCCCAAAAGUUGUGAAACAACUUAAAUCAUCUAACUUAACCACAUUAAACACUUUGCUGAGUAUAUUAAAACUGGAAUAAGAUUAACCGAUCGUUUGAAAUUUCAUGCUAAGUGAUAGAGAUAAAUGAUAGAAAAUAUAAACCAAAAAGUUUAAUUUAUACUAAAGAAAUUAGUUUGAGUCUUAGAAAUUAUUUAUUAUUUGUUUUAGUAUUACACUGUUCUGUCUAUGUCUAAAUAAAAAUUACAAUCUGA